GAAUGAUGUUUGCGUGAUGUGUGUGUGGGAUCGGUAAUUGACAAGAGAUUUUAUGUAAUGAUCGAUUUUUGGAUCCAAAAGCAAUAAUUUGGAAUUAUUCGAAAUGAAUAAUAGUGAUAAUAGCCAUAACCAUAAUGAAAAUGAAAAUCAUUCUCAUAAACAAAUUAUAUCAAAUGACGAACCUUUAUCAUCAUCAUCGACAUCAUCUUCAUCAUUAUCAAUAUAUUCAUCACCGGUAAAUUCACCGAAUCGACCACAAUCUCAGCAACAACAACACCCACGAGGUGAUCAAAUGAUUAAUUCUGAUUAUGAAGAAUUAAUUCGACAAACAAAACAACGAAUGUCAAUGAAAUUUGAAUGUUUGGAAAAAGAAACAGGAUUAACAUUAUCCACUCAAGAUUGUUCAGUAAAAAAAUCGAAUAUUAACACCAUCAAGAAUAAUAAUGAAAAUGAUGUUAUUAAUGAUAAUAAUCAAUUGAUUGAACAAUCGAAUGAAUGUAAUCGUUUAAAAGAAGAACUUCGAUUAAAAAAUGAAAUUAUUGAUAAAAUGUAUCAGAUACGUGUUCAGGUUGAUAGUGAGCUAGAAGAUCUUACAGCAUCGCUGUUUGAAGAAGCUAAUAAAAUGGUCUAUUCGGCUAAUGUUCUAAGAGAUCGUGCCGAAAAAGAAUUACAUGAAGCAAAUUUAAAGAUUGAUAUGCUUACAGCUGAAGUUCAGGCAUUAAAAUUAUUGGUAAUAACAUCGACACCAUCUAAACCAAAUGCUCAUCUUCAUCCACAAUUAAAUUGUUCGAAUUCAUCAUCAACUUUACCAACUUCGGGUAGUCAUCAUCAUCAUCACCAAAAAUCUAACAACAAUAAUAAUAAUACUCCAUCACCAAAACAAAAACAAUCUAAACAUCAUCAAUCGAUGCCGAAAAAAUCCCCGAGUAAUUAUGAAUUAAUAAGUAAUUCUAAAUCAUUUGAACAAACAAAAUUAUCAACAAUCGAUGAUGAUAAUAAUAAUGAUGAUAUUGAUGAACAAUUUGAUGAUAUCAAUGAAAUUGAUCCAGUUUUUUAUGAAGAAUUUCAAGAAUGGCGUAAAUGUCCAACACUUGAACCAAUAUGUUCAAAUUUUAUGAAACGUAUAUAUGAUGAAGAAAUAUAUCCGGUAUUUAAUUUUAAAAAUAAACAUCUUACAUCAUUAGUUCUUCGUUCAAUUGAAUCAAAUACAUUAACAGUUGAAAUGAUUGGCAAUAAUAAUAAUAAUGAACAAAAAAAAUUACCAUUUCCAAAAAAAUGUGCAUUAUUACAAAUGUCUCGUAUAUGUCGAUAUCGUAUGCAAAUUGAUUCAAAUUCUAAUCAAAAUAUUAAUAAUGGCCAUAAUCAAUGGUAUUUUAUAUCACAAUUAUGUCGUAAUAGAAUUAUUACAGUCUGUGAUUUAUUCUGUUAUCUACGUUAUGUACAACAAGGACUAGUCAAAAGUAAUUUAAAAGAUAUUUAUUUACAAAUAAUGAAACGCCGACGUAAUAUUGCUUUAUCAAAAUUAGGUUUUACACCGACUAAUACUAAUGUUAUUAGUGGACAAAAUUGAUAAUGAAACAAAAAAAAGAACAAACAAACAAACAACAAAAACUUAUGAUUCCUUUUUUGUAAAUCCGACGACCAAUUUCAACCAAAGAAAACAAACAAACAAAAAACUUUAGCUCAACAGGAAAAAGAUCUCAAUGAUUUAUCGAUUCCAGUGAAGAAAAAAAGAGACUAAUAUAAUAAUAAUAAUA